AGAGGCCCCAUCGUCUCCGUCGUCCCCGUUACGUUCGCUUUCAGAUCGGCCGGAGGAGGAGACGGUGUGUGACGACAGCUACUCUCCAUUAAACACAUUAAAGGGUGAGCCUUACCCCACACCAUGUCCAAGGACAAGAGUGGAUACCCUGGUAUGGGUGAGACCAACCCUCUUCAUAACAAUGUGUACGGACCCCCUCAGCCAGGGUUCGGCAUGCCCCCUCCCAACUACAGCCAGGCCCCAGGGGGACCUUACCCACCAGCAGCUGGCUACGGGCAGCCCGGCUUCGCUCAGGCAGGCCCAGGUUUUGCCCCAGGUCCUUACCCUCAGAUGCCUUAUCCUCAGAUGCCCUACCCACAGGGACCCUACCCCGAGGGGCCUUACCAGCAAGGAGCCCCACAGCCAGGCUUUCCCGGAGACCCCACUGCACCUGCUGGCAGCCCUGGUUACCAUGGUGAUGUGCCUCCAUCCUACUACGACAACGAGGAGUUCACCAACUCUGGCUUUGAAGAUAAGACCAUCCGACAGGCCUUCAUCAGAAAGGUCUUCAUGGUUCUCACAGUGCAGCUGAGUGUCACUUUUUCUUUUGUGGCCGUGUUCACCUUUGUCGAUGAAGCCAAGACCUUUGUGCGACAUAAUCCGUGGACAUACUAUGUGUCCUACGCAAUCUUCUUUGUGUCACUGAUCGUCCUCAGUUGCUGUGGAGAGUUCCGCCGCAAGCACCCCUGGAACUUGAUUGCACUGUCCAUCCUGACCCUGAGCCUCUCCUACAUGGUGGGUAUGAUCGCCAGCUUCUACGACACAGAGACCGUCAUCAUGGCUGUGGGCAUCACUGCAGUGGUCUGCUUCACUGUGGUCCUGUUCUCGCUACAGAGCAAGUAUGACUUCACUUCCUGUCGGGGUGUGCUGUUUGUGUGCCUGAUCGUGCUGCUGCUCUUCUCCAUCCUCUGCAUCUUCAUCCGCCACAGGAUCCUGCACAUCGUCUAUUCCUCACUGGGGGCUUUGCUCUUCACCUGCUUUUUGGCUGUUGACACUCAGCUUCUCCUGGGCAACAAGAAGAUGGCCCUGAGUCCAGAGGAGUACAUCUUUGCUGCCCUCAACCUCUACACUGACAUCAUCAACAUCUUCCUCUACAUCCUGGCUAUUGUGGGACGCUCCCGUGAAUGAGGCUGCAUCUUUAAAGAAGAAAAGAAAGCAGGGAGACAGAGAUCACCUCCCCAUCAUUGUGAAAUGUCUUUAACAUGCCCUUUUAUCUCUGACUCCUUUUACUUUUCCCCGCAUUUGACUCCUAAUCACCCUCAUACACUCACUUCUUGGAAAGAGGUAGUAGGGCUGUGGAGGAGAUGCAGCUGGUCAUAAAAGGCAGAUGAGCGGGACGCUAUUUAUUAAAUUGCCGUUGAUGACAGAAUGCGAUGAUCUGUCUUUCCUCAAGUUAGAGAUCACUGCUUGCUCCAACUAACUGCUUUCACUAACACAACAAAGUGUCUAUGUUAGUCCCACACAACCCCUUCACCACAGUAGAAUACUUGUUAUCCUGUGAGUGCUCGGCAUUAAACAAAGGUAAAACCGGGUGGGGAGAGAGUGGGGAAGGCGUUUGUAACCUUCAAUACGGAUGCGAAACGUUUUUGCCUGAAGAGUGGAAAUUAGUGCUAGAAAUACCUCUUCAUUCAAUUUGUCUGUUUCGCAAAGGUAUCUCUCCCUUUUCAAAAACUGCUGGUGUAAAGUAACUCUGCAUGGCAACACUGGAAACACAACUAAGGCUCUGUUUCGAUUCUCUAACCAGACCAGAGGAAUAUCUCUAGCUUGCUUUUCACGGCUGUAAAUAGUUGCGUGUAAUACUGUAUGUGAUGCCACUCUGCUGUAUGUGAUGCCACUCUGCCCCUGCCACUGAAAGGCUUUCUGGGGCGAUUCAUAUGGAUGUGCUGCUUUUUGGGAAACGUGUGAGCCGGUCUAAGAACUUUGCUGACCCAUUAUAGUCACUUAAAACUUAACAAUGGCAUAAGAACAAAGAUCGGUGUUGGAUGCAUUCGAAAAACAUGAACAGGAAUUAACAUUAAGGAAGUAAAUUGCCCUUUUAUCUUUUCAAAAGGAAGGAAAAUUCCACUUUCGAAGCUGAGAUGUUCACUUAUCUUUUGUUUUUUUUUCUUUACUGUUCUCACAAACUCCCCUUUGUUUGUUCAUCAGUGUGAAGUGACAUUUUGGUGUUGUAUUUAUUUUUUUUCUCCUUGCAAAUGUGAAACAUUGAAGUGUUGGAAUAUCUGGCCACUUUUAUACCAAGCUAAUCCAGGUUUCAGCGCUUCUAAUAUUGUAAAACAGCUGAUAUGAGGUCGAUGGACACCGAGCUUGUAGGAAAUGGUACUUAUAUCUUUUCUAUUUAUUAAGCUUGAAAUAGAUGGCAGGGUUGCUUUGAAGUAGCUAUAAGUGGUGUUAAGGAAAAACAAAACACAAAAAUGUGACUGUGCUUUAGUUUAUUGUGAGACCAUAGCAUUCUGGUUGCAGAACAUACAAAAUGCAGCAGGCUCAAGGAAUCAAUAUGCACUGGAAGCCAAACAACUCCUACACACAAACACACACAACUUGAAUGAUAUAUUUAACAUGAAGAUUUUUAAUUCCGUAACUUCUGUUUUGAAUUUUCAACCAAUUGCAUGACUCUUUCCUCCUGUUUGCAUGUGCUGAUGAUGCACACUGUACAGGUAUUACAGAGACACUGUUGUUUGACAGCCCUGUUAGACUUUUCUGUUUUUUAAAUCUUGUGUUUGUAUCUAACUAACGUGUAUGUGUGUAUAUACAACCCCUUAGUGAAUUGAUGUGUAUACAUAAAAGUAAGUUUUGGGCUCUGUAGGUCUGUUGCAUUGUAUAUUUGCAUUAAAUCAAAAUUGAACCAAAUUCCUCAACACAGCUAUUGGACUUUCCUCACAGCAGAUGCAAUGUAAAGGUGUUAACUUUGUGUUGAUGAACAGGAAAGUUCACAUCAGUGAAAGGACAUAGAACAUCCAGAGCUCUUUUGAGGGCUGUGCUUUUGAUGGUUAUUGUUAGAAGACUUAAUCGGAGCAUCUAUAAAUUGGAAAUAAUAUAUAUUUUAGUUGAUUCAGGAGUAUCUGCACUUUUUUUCAUAAGAUGUCAGGUACAAAUAACCCAUGUCUAAAUUAAAGUCUAUUUCUUAUG